UAGAAAAUAAUUUCUUAAAAUUUUUUCUUACAUCACACUUGUUUGCUUAUUUUGUUUAAAAUGUCAGGUAUAUUUGAAUAUAAUGGGUCAGCUGUUGUAGCGAUGGCUGGAAAAGAAUGUGUAGCCAUUGCAUGUGAUCGAAGACUUGGAUCCAAUCAACUUCAAACUGUUUCAGCGAAUUUUAAAAAAGUUUAUUCAGUAAACGAUAAAACAUUGAUUGGAUAUGCAGGAUUGGCUACGGAUGUUCAAACUAUGCAAAAUAAUUUACGCUUUCGAUUAAAUCUUUAUAAGCUAAGAGAAGAAUGUGAUAUUCAACCAGGAAUGCUUUCAAAUUUAGUAGGAACUAUGUUAUAUGGUCGCCGCUUCGCACCAUGGUUCGUUUCUCCUGUUGUGGCUGGAUUAAAUGAGAAAAAUGAACCGUUUCUUUCCGCUUUUGAUUUUAUUGGUGCUGCAUGCCAUGCAAAGGAUUUUGUUGUGGCUGGAACUUCGUGUGAGCAGCUUUAUGGUGUGUGUGAAGCGUUUUGGAGGGAAAAUAUGAAUCCCGAUGAGUUAUUUGAGACGGUAUCUCAGUGUUUACUGGCCGCAACGGACCGAGAUUGUUUAGCUGGAUGGGGUGCUUACGUUUAUAUUCAAACUCCUACUUUGCGAAUUGUUAAAACUCUUAAAUCUCGUAUGGAUUAAUUAGAUUACGUUAUCUAAAGUGGACAUUGAAAAUAUUAAAUUGAGUAUGGUGCAAAGAAAGGAACCUAACUUGCCGUUAAGAAAGAAUUUGAAUGUUUUUUGUAACGUUUUGUUGAAAAAUAUCCUAAUCAAACUCGUAUUAACUGACGAUUAUCUUCCAUUCAUGUAUGCCAAAGUUCUGGACAGUCAUGUCAGCAAUUACGAGAAAACACAGUGUCAAAAAAAAAAUUACUCGAAAAGAACAAAAA